AUGACUUCUCAGGGGUUCUCGUUUCCCCCGCCUCCACCUCCACCCCCGUCUACCUCUACGCAACAACCUGCCGCAUAUUCUCCUGCUCACGUCGGCCCGCAAUGGAACAGUCGUGGAUCGGGAGGACGAGGCCGUGGUCGAGGCCACGGCAAUCGUGGACGAGGCGGAGGGCAUCACGGUGCGGAUAAAAAUCGGCCUACACCUUACGCAAAUCCCCCUGGGUAUAACUUUCCACAAGGGGGCUAUGGGUAUCCCGGUCAAACACAUCCAGUUCCGACCACCUCGUACAUGACACCCAAUCCCACUGCCACCCCAUCAUAUCCUCAUUCCGCACCCAAUUACCAGCAUGCGCAACCGCCCCAUUCAUAUCAGCAUCCUCCAAACUACACGCAGCCUGCCGCUUCAACUGGGUAUCCGGGCCUGCCUGGGUAUAGUCACCCACCGCCUACAAACCAAGCACAUCCUAUUUCGUAUAACACACAAACACCUCAACCAUAUCCACCCACUCUGCCUCCCCCACCGCAGAAUCACUUGGCCAGUAAUGCGGUGAUGGGCGCACCAUGGGGCGGUCCCUCACUACCCCAGCAGGGACGAGGGGGCUGGGGAUCUCACACCUCUCAUGCCCACGGCGGCCAUCAUAUUUCCAAACCUCGGCACCACCACAACAACAAGCGCGAUCAUACAACCGCGUUCAACAAGCCGCAAAACACUGUUCCGCGUACUCCAGCACCGCCAGCGGUCCCAAGCUUUGGAAAUCCACUACCUUCUAAACCGCCGCCUGUGGCGGAUACGCCGCGCAAGAACAAGAAACGCAAGAGGAAGCACAACCAGCUCGGACUGACCCCCAAGAAUGACGAUCAUGAGUCGAGUGAAGAAGAGGAGGAAGUCGAUGAAGAGGCCAAGCUGGCACAGAGUGGCGCUGACGCUGCAGCCCCUCUUCAAUUCACAUAUCGUGGGCAAACGGCCACGCUACAAUCUCAAACUGAUAUUGCGGCCUGGAUUGCUGAACGGAAAAAGAAGUUCCCUACACAAGCCCGGAUUGAAGAGAGGAAGAAGGCUGCCGAGGAGGCCAAGGCCACCCGGGAUGCAGCCCGGCUUGAGAAACAAAAGGAGCGCGAGAAGGAAAGGGAAAAACAAAAGCCUAAGCAGCAGGGCAAGACACCGGUCCCGGCUGGUGGCUCUAUUGCCACAGCAGGAUCGGAUCCUGCUCUGGAUGCGGCCAUGAAGGCGCAGCGCAAGGCCGAGAAAAUAAAACGCAACUUGGACCGCGAGCAGAAACGAUUCGCCAAAGCUGAGGCUGAGGCCGAAGCUGCCCGCUUGAAAGUCGAGGCUUUGCAGAGACAAGCGCAAGGGCUGAAUCCCCAAGCAGCGGCUCAGGACCGGGAUGCACCAGCUUCUACUGCGCAGCCGAGCACGGUCCUGGCGGAUGAGGGAACUUCAUCCACAGCGACUCUUACGGACCUACCCAAAGCCGCAGAGACACCUGGGAAUGCUGUGACCGUCUAUCCCGAGCAAGAUGCCGUUUCCGUACCCCACACAAGUGCCGAUGCAGUCUCUGACCAAGCGCGUCCCAUUCUGGACCUCGACUCGGCACCAUCCGAAGUCAGCGAUUGGACAUCGUCCAGCGGCUCGGAUGUCGACACCGAUUCGGGCUCGGAUUCUGAUUCUGAUUCCGACAGUGACGGCUCGGCGCCAGAGGAAGUGACUUCGCGGCGCCAAGCUCCCGAGCGGGUACCUGCCCCACCACGCGAGGGCAAAAAGACGGUAUGUCGGCACUUUGCACGGACGGGACGAUGCAAGAUGGGGGAUCGUUGCAAGUUCUCUCAUGAGGUCAGCGAGCGGGCACCGAAAGCGAAACCAAAACCCGCUGAGAAGGACAAGAAGGAACGGAAGGGUUUACUCCAAGCUUUGCUGAGCCGCCAAAAAGACGACGAAGACCGCCGAGCAAUGGAGGUGAUCACUUGGCUUGGACGGAAUGGCCAUCUCACGGCGCCAGUGCCGGCCCAGGAUGGGGGACAGACCGCGGUUCCUGGUGAACCUGUUCCGGAUGUCCCAAAUGAUGAUCCGGUAGAGACGUCCGCACAAGACACCAUGGAGGUCGAUGAUCACUUGAAGGAUGCACCGAAUGACGUCGUGCCGUCGGAUCCUUCUGGCCAGGAAUCUUGA